GAGAGAGGUAUAGUGUUUCUUUGGAGAUUGCGUUACAGUGGGGCGAGGAGAGAGCGAGAGAGAGAGGUGGGCUCAGUAAUGGGGAUUUACUUAAAUACCUUGCAAGUCAACCAGCAAGACACAGAGCACUCUGCUGUUUGGAUUGACAAUAAUAUGGACGGAUUGAAACUUCAACUGAUCUAACAGAUUGUAUAGUUGGCGUGUCUGAGCGUUUGGGGUCAGCAUGAGCGCGGACUGCACGAGCUAUUACAACGCAGAGAAAGUGCUCGUAAACGAGUUCACGUGCCCUAAACCGGACAACGAUGCAGGAGCCCUUUUCUGCUGUGGCUUCAAUGACAUGAAAUACUGUUGUGAUGACCCAAACAGUUUUUUCCCAUACGAGUAUGGAUACAUGUGGUGGUUAAGUCUGGGAGCGCUGGUUGGCCUGUCCAUAGCAGCUGUGGUCCUGCUAGCGUUCAUCAUCACUAUCUGUGUCCUGUGCUAUCUGUUCAUCGCGACCAAACCCAGAGGCCUUGACAACGGACUGCCCCUCAUAGCACCAGGUUCUGAACCCAGUCCACGAGAGGGGCCGAGUCGGAGUCACCCCAGUAGCCCCCCUACGGGUCCCCAAGGGUUUAAGAAGCACUUCUUGAGUGGUAAACUGGACUGUGACAACCAGCCUCCAGAUCCAGACCGCCUCUUCCAGAGGUGCUUCAUGGCCACCGUCACCACCAUCAAUGUGGAGGGGUCCUCAUAGACUGGCCUAGGACUCUCAAACCAGUAUAGACUGGGAGGAGAGGGGGAUGGCUGUGUAAGAGGAGGAGAAGAUAGGAGCAUUAAACCAGGCUGACAAUGCAUCUACUA